GUGAUCGUUCUAUCGUGUUGGGGAAUAGAAACGUAAUGACGGAUGACCGCCGAACGAACCGUGACGAGCUGAAAUUAAUGACCAACGAGACACUUCAGCUGAUGUGUUGCACCGUGGAACAGUAGAGGUACUUCUCGAAACAAUAAGCCGGACGGACUAGUCUGUGGAUAAUAUUUCAGCACAAAUAUGUCGAGACCCAAGAUUUUAUUGGCGCACAAUGAUUUUCCACCAGCAAUCAUUGCCCAAUUGAUGAAAACGUUUAACGUAAAAAUAAUCAACAAACCCAUGGUCGGUACCACUUAUGAAGAUCUAUUAGGUAACAUUCCCGGUACCUUUGGAUUGGUUAUAUCUGGGUGUAAAAUACCUGUAGACGAACAUUUGAUCGAAACAGCAGGUCCUAGUCUCAGGGUUAUCAGUUCAACAUCUAUGGGUUACGAAUGCGUAGACACAAAUGCUCUGAAGAAACGAGGAAUUAUGUUAGGAAACACUGUACAUGCCACUACAGAUAGAGUCGCAGAACUCGCAGUUGGUCUGUUAAUCGCUACGGCAAGAAAUGUUCUCGAUGCAAACCAACAGAUGAAAUCAGGUAAAUUGCCAACAUCACUCGGUACUGGCCUAACGAAUUCCGUAGUCGGCAUAAUUGGCUGCGGAAACAUUGGCAUUGCGGUGGCAAAAAUGCUGAGCGGGUUCAAAUUGAGUGAACUGCUGUACACAAGUCGUAAACCAAAGCCCGAGGUGGAAUGCCUCGGAGGACAAUUGGUGUCGAUCAACGAUUUAGUUGGACGCAGCGAUUACAUUAUUUUGGCCACGGUUUUGGUGCCCGAAACUAUGUAUAUCAUAAAUAAGGAUCGACUGGCACUCAUGAAGCCGAACGCUGUGAUAAUCAAUGUGGGUCGCGGCAAAUUAAUCAACCAAGAUGAUUUGGUCGAUGCUUUACGGAUCAAACGUAUUCGUGGAGCCGGAUUAGACGUAACGACUCCAGAACCUCUUCCACUGGACCAUCCUUUGAUGACAAUGGAUAACGUUGUCAUCCUACCUCAUAUUGCUGGAAGAAACACUAUUGAAGCUGCUAUGGAAAAAGCACAGCUAACUAUCGAUAAUAUUUUUGCAGUAUUCAAUAAUCAACCGAUGCCCUGUCAAGUAAAACUAUGAUAGUAUAUUUUAAAAAAAAUAGUCCAAUACAAUAAUUUACAGCAUGCAUGCAUACUGAUAAUGUGCAUAAAAAUAUGUAAAUAAAAAUAAAUACUAUACAAUAAAUCA